UGUGGCUUCCCAUUGAAAUAUUCAAGUCAUGUGUAUACGUGUUGUACAUUAACACUGCUCUUGGAUUUCCUUGCUUAAAUUUGAAAGCCUACUGGACGGCAGUUCUUUUCAGUGGACAAGAAGAGGCUGCGUUUUGUUCAUCCGCGCGGCUUCUAUGAAAAGGCUGGUGUUUGCACCUCUUCCCGUUGCCUCCUCACGUUUGUUUCGGCAGGAGAUGAUGAGAGACCGUGCUUGAGGACUCUACCUUGGUAUAGAACGAGAUUGGCUCACCCAACGUUUAACUUUGCGAUUAAUUCUGCAACGACACGGACAGACGUCGGAUGCGUAUGCAGAAUGCUUUUCUUGGUCUGAACACCUUCCCUGUACCUUUUUGAUGCUGACUGAAGAGAAGAGGUCGUUGCCAUGGAAGUGAAGGAACGCAGACCCUACCGCUCGCUGACCUCCCGGCGGGACGCGGAACGCCGCUACACCAGCUCAUCGGCCGACAGCGAGGACGGCGGCAAGAUCAACCCCAAGUCCUACAGCUCCAGCGAGACACUCAAGGCCUUCGACCAGGACUCGCGGCUGGCCUACGGGAGCAGAGUCAAGGACGUGGUGCACCAUGAGGUCGACGAGUUCUGCAGACAAGGAGCAGACUUCUCUCUGCGUGACCUAGGCUUCGGGGAGGCGGUGCCAUCUCACGUGGCGGCCUACCGCCCGGACCUGGGCAGCCUGCCGCAUCGCGACUACUCAGUGAGCGUGGGCUCCGAUGCGGACACCGAGACGGACGGCAUCAUGUCCCCCGAGCACGCUGUGCGCCUGUGGGGCCGCCAGAACACCAAGUCGGGCCGCAGCUCCUGCCUCUCCAGCCGGGCCAACUCCAACCUGACACUGACUGACACCGAACACGAGAACACAGAGAAUGGUCAGCGCCUCCAUUGCUCCUCCGCCUCCUCCUCCCCUGUCGAGUCCCCCUUCCCUCCCCCUUCUCAUGCUGCGGCCAAUGAGAGCCAGGGAAGGUUGCUAGGUAACAGUGUGGCUCAGCCGGCCCAGGACUCUGAGUCGGAAGAUGAGUUUGGCCCCAAUUCAUUCUUAGUUAAAACUGGCUCAGGGACCCUCUAUGCUACCGCUGCUGCUGCUGCCGCCUCCUCCUCUGCCGCCUCUGCCGACGACGGGCUGUUCCAGAACCACUCCCGCCUGCGGACGCCGCCCGUGCCGGGCCUGUCACACUCCCACUCGCCCAACCAGCAGCACCACCAUGGCACCAGCUCCGCCAACUCGCUGAACAGGGAGCGCGACGCCUACGGCACGCCGCGCAGCAACCCCAGCCCCGCGCCCACCGACAACAGCAGCUCCGCAGCUCCAGAGGGCCCGCCCAGUGUCCAGGACUCCGGCAGCACGGCACAGGACAACUGGCUGCUCAACAGCAACAUUCCCCUGGAGACCAGGAGCCAGAAUACUCUAAUGUUUAUCAGAGAAGAGCAAGACGCAUGCAGAGAUGGGCAGGGCUCUUACGGUACCAGUACCAGAAACAUUGCAAAGCAGACAUUCCUUGAGACUUUGCAGGACAACUUGAUUGAGAUGGACAUUCUGGCGACGGCACGCCGAGAAGGUGCUUACAGUGAUGGGCACUUCCUCUUCAAGCCCGGUGGGACGUCGCCCAUGUACUGCACGACCUCGCCGGGCUACCCGCUGACCUCCAGCACGGUGUACUCGCCCCCGCCGCGGCCCCUGCCCCGCAACACCUUCUCGCGGCCAGCCUUCAGCCUGAAGAAGCCCUACAAGCACUGCAACUGGAAAUGUGCCGCCCUCAGUGCCAUCCUCAUCUCCGUCACCCUCGUCUUUCUGCUGGCCUACUUCAUUGCCAUGCACCUUUUCGGUCUGAACUGGCACUUGCAGCCCAUGCAGAGGCAGAUGUACCAGCUGCCCGAGGACAACACCAGUGGCCUGCCCCUGCCCACCGACCUGGGCCUGCCGCCCCUGGGCAACACAGGGCUGGAGCUGCCGGAUCAAAGAGGCGACAGCAAAUUGGACGGCCUCUUCCCCGAUGACAGCUUCAUAGACAUGGGCGAGAUCGAUGUGGGUCGAAAGGUGGCUCAGCAGAUCCCGCCUGGGGUCUUCUGGAGGUCCCAGGUCUUCAUCGACCACCCCAUGUACCUCAAGUUCAACGUGUCCCUCAGCAAAGAUGCCCUGGUGGGGAUCUACGGCCGUAGAGGCCUGCCGCCGUCUCACACACAGUUUGACUUUGUGGAGCUGCUGGACGGGCGCCGCCUCCUGGUGCAGGGAGGCCUGAUGGGUCUGGAGGGUCCUCCUUCUCCCCAGCAGCAGCAGCCUCAGCCUCAGCCCCAGCCUGGCCCGCCUCCCCAGCCCCUGUUGCCUCAGCACGGCCUCAUCCCUCUGGCCACCCAUGACACCGGCUUCAUCCAGUACAUGGACUCAGGCAUCUGGCACCUGGCGGUGUACAACGACGGCAAGGAGACGGAGCAGGUGUCCUUCCUCACCAUUGGAGUCGAUUCGAUCGAAGACUGCCCCAGCAACUGCUAUGGCAACGGAGACUGCAUCGCCGGCACCUGCCACUGUUUCCUUGGUUUCCGAGGCCCAGACUGUGGAAGAGCGUCAUGCCCGGUGCUGUGCAGUGGCAAUGGGCAGUACCUGAAAGGCCGCUGCAUGUGCCACAGCGGCUGGAAGGGGGCGGAGUGCGACGUGCCAACCAACCAGUGCAUAGACGCCGCCUGCAGCAGCCAUGGCACCUGCAUCGUGGGCACAUGCAUCUGCAACCCUGGAUACAAGGGAGAGAACUGCGAGGAAGUGGACUGCCUGGACCCCACGUGUUCUGGCCGAGGUGUGUGUGUGCGGGGCGAGUGCCACUGCUUCGCUGGAUGGGGAGGCGCUGGGUGCGAGAGUCCGCGGGCCUCCUGCAUGGACCAGUGCUCUGGGCACGGGGCCUUCCUUGCUGAGACAGGCACCUGCAACUGUGACCCCAACUGGACCGGACACGACUGCUCCACUGAGAUUUGCGCGGCGGACUGUGGUGGCCAUGGCAUCUGCGUGGCAGGCACCUGCCGGUGUGACGAGGGCUGGACGGGUGCCGGCUGUGACCAGAGGGCCUGCCACCCACGCUGCCAGGAGCACGGCACCUGCAAGGACGGCAAGUGCGAGUGCAGUCCCGGAUGGAACGGAGAACAUUGCACCAUCGAGGGCUGUCCAGGCCUGUGCAACGGCAAUGGCAGGUGCACCCUGGGUAACAAUGGCUGGUACUGCGUGUGUCAGCUGGGCUGGCGUGGGGCGGGCUGCGACACCUCCAUGGAGACGGCCUGCAGCGACACCAAGGACAACGACGGAGAUGGCCUGGUGGACUGCAUGGAUCCGGACUGCUGCCUGCAGGCCUCGUGCCACACCACUCCGCUGUGUGUGGGCUCUCCCGACCCGCUGGACAUCAUCCAGGAGACGCAGAUCUCCUCUGGCCAGAGCACGCUGCAGUCCUUCUACGAGCGUGUACACUUCCUCAUUGGCCGAGACAGCACCCACGUCAUCCCCGGGGCCAACCCCUUUGAGAGCAGCCACGCCUGUGUUAUCCGUGGGCAAGUGGUGACAUCUGACGGCACACCACUAGUGGGAGUGAACAUCAGUUUCAUCAACAACCCGACCUAUGGAUACACCAUCACCAGGCAGGACGGCAGCUUUGACCUGGUCUCCAAUGGAGGAGUGGCCAUCGCUCUGCGCUUUGAACGUGCUCCGUUCAUCACCCAGGAGCACACGCUGUGGUUGCCAUGGGGACGCUUCUUUGUUAUGGAUACGGUCGUCAUGCGGCACGAGGUGAACGACAUUCCGAGCUGCGACCUGAGCAGCUUCGCCCGGCCCAGCCCUGUAGUGGCUCCCGCCCCUCUGACUGCCUUUGCUGGAACCUGCUCAGAGCGGGGCAACAUCGUGCCGGAAAUUCAGGCUCUGCAGGCAGACGUGCGUAUCCCUGGCUCAGACAUGAAGCUGAGCUACCUGAGCAGCCGCACGCCGGGCUACAAGUCGCUGCUCCGCGUCACGCUCACGCACGCCAUCAUCCCCUUCAACCUCAUGAAGGUGCACCUGAUGGUGGCCGUGGAGGGCCGCCUCUUCAGGAAGUGGUUCCCAGCCGCGCCCAACCUGCUCUACGACUUCCUGUGGGACAAGACUGAUGUCUACAGCCAGAAGGUCUACGGCCUGUCAGAAGCCUUCGUGUCUGUGGGGUAUGAGUACGAGUCCUGUCCAGACCUGAUCCUCUGGGAGAAGAGGACGGCCAUCCUGCAGGGCUACGAGACCACAGCCUCUAAAUUGGGUGGCUGGUCUCUGGACAAACACCAUGGCCUCAACAUCCAGAGCGGCAUCCUGCACAAGGGCAACGGCGAGAACGUCUUCAUCUCCCAGCAGCCCCCUGUGAUCGGGAGCAUCAUGGGUAACGGGCGGCGGCGGAGCAUCUCGUGCCCCAGCUGUAACGGGCUGGCGGACGGCAACAAGCUGCUGGCCCCCGUGGCGCUGGCCUGCGGCUCCGACGGCAGCCUCUAUGUGGGGGACUUCAACUACGUGCGGAGGAUCUUCACCACGGGGAACGUCACCAGCGUGCUGGAACUCAGUAACAGCCCGGCCCAUAAGUACUACCUGGCCACGAGUCCCGUGACGGGCGCGGUGUACCUGUCCGACACCAGCACCAGGAAGGUCUUCAAGAUCAAAUCGCUGACCAAGGUGAAGGAUGUGGCCAAGAACCUGGAGGUGGUGGCUGGCACUGGCGACCAGUGUCUUCCCUACGACGAGACCCGGUGUGGCGAUGGAGGAAAGGCCACCGAGGCCCCCCUCACCAACCCCAGAGGCAUUGCAGUGGACAAGUACGGCGUGAUCUUCUUCGUGGACGGCACGAUGAUCCGCCGCGUGGACCAGAAUGGCAUCAUCUCCACGCUGCUGGGCUUCAACGACCUGACCUCCGCACGACCCCUCAGCUGCGACUCAGCCAUGGACAUCUCCCAGGUGCGGCUGGAGUGGCCUACUGACCUGGCGGUGAGCCCCAUGGACAACUCCCUCUAUGUGCUGGACAACAAUGUGGUGCUGCAGAUCUCAGAGAACCAUCAGGUGCGCAUAGUGGCGGGCCGCCCCAUGCACUGCCAGGUGCCCGGCAUCGACCACUUCCUGGUCAGCAAAGUGGCCGUGCAUGCCACGCUGGAAUCGGCCAACGCACUGGCCGUCUCACACAGUGGCACGCUCUACAUCUCCGAGUCAGAUGAGAAGAAGGUCAACCGCGUGCGGCAGGUGUCCUCCGGUGGCGAGAUCUCGCUGGUGGCCGGCGCCCCCAGUGGCUGCGACUGCAAGAGCGACCCCAACUGCGACUGCUACUCGGGCGACGAGGGCUAUGCCAAGGACGCGAGGCUCAACGCCCCGUCCUCGCUCGCCGUCUCACCUGACGGGGAGCUCUUCAUCGCCGACCUGGGCAACGUCCGCAUCCGCUUUGUGCGACGCAACAGGCCCUUCCUCAGCCCGCUGAACAUGUACGAGGUCUCCUCGCCCAUUGACGACGAGCUGUACCUGUUCGACGCCAACGGCAGCCACAUCUUCACACAGAGUCUCACCACCGGCGACUACGUCUAUAACCUCACCUACACAGGCGAGGGGGACCUCGGCACGGUCACAGACCUCAACAGGAACGUGGUGACCAUCCGGCGUGACGCCACGGGCAUGCCGCUGUGGAUCAUGGCGCCCGACGGCCAGACGUUCUGGUUCACCAUCGGCACCAACAAUGCACUGAAGAGCGUGGCAUCGCAAGGACACGAACUGGCCGUCAUGACCUACCACGGCAGCUCAGGGCUGCUGGCUACCAAGAGCAACGAGGACGGGUGGACGACGUUCUAUGAGUAUGACAGCUACGGACGUCUGACAAAUGUCACCUACCCGACGGGUCGUGUGAGCAGCUACCGCAGUGACAUGGACAGCUCCGUCAGGGUUCAGACCGAGGGCUCCAACAAGGAGGACAUCACCAUCACCACCAACCUCUCCGCCUCCGGAACCUUCUAUACGCUCAUGCAGGAGCAAGUGCGUAACAGUUACUACAUCGGCCUGGACGGGUCGCUGCGGCUGGUGCUGGCUAAUGGCAUGGAGGUGUCCCUGCACACGGAGCCCCACCUGCUGGCUGGCACGGUCAACCCCACCGUCAGCAAGCGCAACGUCACGCUGCCCAUCGACAACGGACUCAACCUGGUGGAGUGGAGGCAACGCAAGGAGCAGGCGCGCGGACAGGUCACUGUCUAUGGCAGGAGGCUCAGGGUCCACAACCGCAACCUGCUGUCCAUGGAUUUCGACCGCAUCACACGUACGGAGAAGGUAUACGACGACCACAGGAAGUUCACGCUGCGCAUCCACUACGACCACGCGGGCCGGCCCACGCUCUGGGCGCCCAGCAUCCGCCUCAAUGGGGUCAACGUCACCUACUCGCCUGGCGGGCACGUCGCGGGCAUCCAGCGUGGCACCAUGUCCGUGCGCAUGGAGUAUGACAGUAACGGGCGCAUCAGCUCACAGACCUUCGCCGACGGGAAGUCAUGGACCUACACCUACCUGGAGAAGUCAAUGGUCCUGCUGCUCUUCAGCCAGAGGCAGUACAUCUUCGAGUUUGACAAGAGCGACCGCCUGUCUUCCGUCACCAUGCCCAACGUGGCCCGGCAGACCCUGGAGACCACCCGCUCUGUGGGCUACUACCGCAACACCUACCGGCCCCCGGACGGCAACGCCUCAGUGCUCCAGGACUACAGUGAGGAGGGCCUACUACUCCAGACCCAGCACCUGGGCACUGGCCGACGGGUCAUCUACAAGUAUGGCAAGCUGUCAAAGCUAUUGGAGGUGCUCCAUGACACGUCGCGGGUGGCGUUUGGGUACGACGAGGCGGCAGGCCUGCUGAAGACCGUCAGCCUGCAGAGCGAAGGAAGCUUCACCUGCACAAUUCGCUAUCGUCAGCUCGGGCCGCUCAUCGACCGCCAGAUAUUCCGCUUCAGCGAGGAGGGGCUGGUCAACGCCCGGUUCGACUACAACUACGACAACAGCUUUCGGGUGACUAGCAUGCAGGCAGUGAUCAAUGAGACGCCGCUGCCCAUUGACCUGUAUCGCUAUGACGACGUGUCGGGCAAGACAGAACAGUUCGGCAAGUUUGGGGUCAUCUACUACGACAUCAACCAGAUCAUCACCACGGCGGUCAUGACGCACACUAAGCACUUUGACGCCUAUGGCCGCGUCAAGGAAGUGCAGUACGAGAUCUUCCGAUCACUCAUGUACUGGAUGAUGGUGCAAUAUGACAACAUGGGCCGCGUCGUCGCCAAGGAACUAAAGGUCGGGCCUUAUGCCAACACCACCCGCUAUGCCUAUGAGUAUGACGCAGACGGGCAGCUUCAAACGGUCUCCCUAAACGACAAACCUCUCUGGCGCUACAGUUAUGACCUCAACGGGAACCUUCACCUGCUUAGCCCAGGUAGCAGCGCCCGGCUAACACCACUCCGCUACGACUUAAGGGACCGAAUCACCCGUCUCGGCGACGUCCAGUACUGGCUCGACGAAGACGGCUUCUUGCGUCAGCGAGGCAACGACUAUUUCGAGUACGACUCGGCGGGUCACCUGACCCGAGCCUACAACCGGGUGGCUGGCUGGAGUGUCCAGUACCGCUACGAUGGGCUAGGCCGCCGUGUAUCUAGCCGCAGCACGCCAGGACACCACCUGCAGUUCUUCUACGCCGACCUGUCCAGCCCGGCGCGGGUGACGCACCUGUACAACCACUCGAGCUCGGAGAUCACCUCGCUCUACUACGAUCUGCAGGGUCACCUGUUCGCCAUGGAACUCAGCAGUGGCGACGAGUUCUACGUGGCCUGUGACAACAUCGGGACGCCGCUGGCGGUCUUCAGCGGCACCGGCGCCAUGAUCAAGCAGAUCUUCCACACAGCGUUUGGCGAGGUGUACGUGGACACCAACCCCAGCUUCCAGCUCAUCAUUGGCUACCAAGGGGGCAUCUACGAGCCGAUGACCAGGCUCGUCCACAUGGGGAGGCGAGACUACGACUCGCUGGCUGGUCGCUGGACCACGCCCGACAUCGAGGUGUGGCAGCGGCUGAACGGCAACAACAUUGCGCCCUUUAACCUCUACAUGUUCAAGAACAACAACCCGCUCAGCAACAACCGGGAGACCAAGUGCUACAUGACCGAUGUCAACAGCUGGUUGGUGACGUUUGGCUUCCAGCUGUACAAUGUCAUCCCAGGCUACACCAAACCCCCGACAGACUCCAUGGAGCCCUCUUAUGAGCUGGUCUACACACAGGUGAAGACACAGGAGUGGGACAGCACCAAGUCCCUGCUGGGCGUGCAGUGCGAGGUGCAGCGGCAGCUCAAGUCCUUUGUGCGUCUGGAGCGCUUUGGCCAGAUAUACGGCGCGGCAAGCGCGGGUUGUGCGCAGGCCCCAGGCUCUGCCUCCUUCGCCUCCACGCCCUCCAUGUUUGGUCGCGGCUUCAAGAUGGCGGUGCGAGAGGGCCGCGUGCACGCCGACAUCAUCAGUCUGGCCAGCGAAGACGGCCGGCGGCUAGCCGCCGUGUUGGACGGCAGCGCCUACCUGCAAGAGCUGCGCUACACCGUGGAUGGCGUGGACACGCACCACUUCGUGAAGGGCGGCGUGGCCGAGGGCGACCUGGCAUUGCUAGGGAUGACGGCCGGCCGCCGCGCGCUGGAGUCGGGCACCAACGUGACGGUGUCGCAGGUCAACGCCGUGCUGGGCGGGCGCACGCGAAGGCUCACAGACGUCACGUUGCAGCACGGUGCGCUGAAGCUGUGCGUGCGCUACGGGAGCACGGCGGACGAGGAGAGGGCGCGGGUGCUGGAGAUGGCACGGCAGCGCGCCGUGGCGGGCGCGUGGGUGCGCGAGCGGCAGAGACUGCGCAAUGGCGAGGACGGCUCGCGGGCGUGGACGGGCGGGGAGCGGCAGCAGCUACUGAACAGCGGGCGCGUGCCCGGGUACGAUGGGUACUACGUGGCGUCCGCGGACCAGUACCCCGAGCUGGCAGACAGUCCCAGCAACAUCUAUUUCAUGCGACAGAGUGAGAUGGGAAGGUGACAUGAACACGGCGACCGUGAUCCCUCUCACCUUCCUCUUCUUACUCGCUCUCCUCCGCCUCCUCCUCCUCCUGCUCCUCCUCCUCUUACUCCUCCUCCUGUUCAUCCUCUUCCUCUCGCCUCCAGGCUGGAGAUGGACUGGACUUGACACGCACACACGGACAGCAUUGUCGUCGUAUAGGGACUUCUUGCCAAAGACGGAUGUUUUUUUUGCGUUCUGUUUCAUUUUGUGUUGUUUUUUAAACAUUGACCACUUAAUGUUUGUGUCUUAUUCUCAUGUGUCCUACAACUUGUAUUUUAAUGUUAUUUUGUUAUUUGGAAACAAAACAACAAAGUUGCAUCGAUUGCAUUUUAAGAGCUUUGCGUGCUCUUCUGUCACAGUAGUGCCCUUGCAUUGUAUGGUUUGUAUUACGUGUUUUGCUUUUUUUUGUUUGACUCCAUUGAUUCUUUGGGCUCUCUUCCGGUCCUUAUUGUCCUUCAAGUGUGGCUGCUAGAGGACGUCCCAAUACGUCCACCCUGUGCUUGAGGUGUCCUGCUGGCUCGUUACCGUAGCGGCGUCCCUGUUCUGAUGGUUCUGUUGAGUAGGAGGGGAGGAGCAAGUGGGGUGGCUGUGGCUGGUUGGCUGGCUUGCUGACUGAUGCCUGCCUUCGUCGUCAGGCUUGGUUCAGCCUGAUUCGGUUCAGUCCAACUCAGCCUGGCCCAUCACAGUUAAACAAACAGAUGGAUCCCCUCGCCAAUGUACUCACUCGCUCACUUGUCCCCUCCGUUUCUGCCUUCCUUUUGCACCUCAGCCAAGGAGAGACAUUUCUCUGUCAAACUGUUUUAUUUGUUUUUGGUUUGUGUUUUUUCACUUUUUGUUCUUUUUUGUUUUUGCUAUUGUUUUGUACUUGAAGGAAAAAGCCCCCUUGACAAACUGACCCUAUUUUAAAGAAGAGAAAGGAGAGGAGAAAUCAUGAAGCAAGAACUGCGAUGUCUGCUGUCCCCACAGCCCAAACAAGUCAAGGCUCUAACUGAACUCAAGUCCACGUUUGUGACAAUAAUGUGGUGUCAUAUAUUAAUAUUUCUUUUUUUUUUUUUCAAAGAAGAAAAAAAACACAACAACAACUACUUUGUAUUCAUCUUGUGGUCUCUGUGCCCUUGUCAGAAAUCCAAAGGGCUUUUGGUUCAGACCUGCCUUCCGUUCAGGUUCACUUACUUUUGGUGACAUGCCUACAGUACAUUGUCUUACUCCUAUCCAGGAAAGCCGGCGGGGGACAAAAGGGUCAGUUGUUCUGGGCCUGGGGGGACAGGGUGCCCAGAAUUGGCUUCUCAUUACAUUGUAUGUAUUGGGUGGUGCGCCCUUUCAGAUGAUGUUGUCCUGGGCCCACCAAAAUCUGUCACCGGCCCUGCUCCCAUCGUUUUCGUCUGAUUUCUGUGGCCUAUGGUGUGCUGCAAACAGAGAACAAGAAAGACCCCAUGAUUUGAUUAAUAGCAUUUUAUUUGUAUUUCUCAGUUUGCCUAUUGAUGUACAUUUAGACUGGAUUUUCAGAGAGAAUGCAUCUCAAUCAACUGUGUGCUCAUGGGCACUAAAGAGUUAAUUGAACUAAGAAGGAAAAAAAAGAUCCAAACCUAUAAAGGAGAUAAUUGUGGAACAAUGUUUUCUGUAUUAAAGAAUGGAAGGUAUUUUACUCAAAUUGUUUUAAAACACCAUCAAUUAUUUUAUAUAUAGCUAUAUGAAGUACCAGUAUAACAAUGUGAACUCCGAAAUGUGAACUGUUGUCCCUCUCAUUGCUACUUGUUGUACUUGAACAAUGCUAAAGGGUGUUGAAGUACAUGGAAUAAAUUAUAGAUAUGUUUGGAAAGGUGACAUUAGUUGAAGGCUUCAUUUACUGUUUUUUUACUGGACCGCUGUUUUUAAAUCCAUUUUUUAAUGCCCUUGGCUCCCUACAGACUGCAGUAUUUGUUUUUCCCGUUUGUUUGAAAAGCAAGGUUGCGCUUUUAUGAAAAAUAAAAGUCAGUGGUUAAUCAAAGCAUGGUUAAUGCUUCAAAACAAAUCGAAUAUGAUGGAGAAUCACUGAUGUAUAAAAUAAUGAUCUCCCCUGGAAUCUGCCCUUCCUCUCCAUUGAACCUGAGGUGGAUAGUGUUUCUGAAAGUUUUAACACUAAACCCUAGAAAUGAGCAUAAAAGACUUUUGAAUCAAUUUCUGAGGUGAACUAUUGAGAGUCUGACCACAGAAUGAACCAC